AUGAAUUAUUGGCUCAUGCUACUGUCUGUCUGUGUGUUUAUCCACAGGAGGAAAUGCUGUGAGGGCUUCAGGUUUGUGAUGGGCCAGUGCAUACCUGAAAGUAGGUUAAACAAAUACACCAGUUCUACUCACCCCAAGUCAGAUUCUAUACUCAGUGCCUGUAAUUACACCUGGGCACCUGUACACAGACAGAAUGCAAAUUACUUAUGCCAAAUUAACCCAUUACUGAACUGCAAAUUGUAUCGAAGAGUAAAAUAGAUGUAAUUCCAUAAAUUGUCAAUACUGUACAAUGACACACCAUGACCACUAGAUGGCAACAUUACAAAGGAAUACCCUUGAGGAAUAUUAUUGGCCAUCCAAGGUUAUUAUUGAGCUGUUAGCUUUGCAUGUAAGGUCCUAUCUGUGCAUGUCCCUAUUGAUGAACCAAUCCCUCCCCUUUAUCUGCUCCAGAUGUGGAUGUGUGUUCUGGCUCCCCCUGUGAACAGCAGUGCACCGACAACUUUGGACGGGUUGUCUGCACCUGUUACCCCGGAUACCGCUUUGAUCGAGAGAGGCAUCGCAACCACCAGACCUACUGUUUAGGUAAGUCCACUACCUGUUUAUCUGCCAAUCAGCUGUUUAUCAGCCUGUUUAUCAGCCAAUCAGCAUUGUCUUCUUUUGUAUAAAUCUCUAUUUAACAUCCUGCAUCAGAGCAACCGCUCUCUCUCCCUCCCUCUGAUUAGAGCAGCCUAAAUGCAGCCUUAAUCAGAGGGUGUAAAGUCACAGCUGGUGUUGUGUCUUCCACACCACCCACAGACAUAGAUGAGUGUGUGGAGUCCGACGGCAGUGUCUGUGAUCACGACUGUGAGAACACCGUGGGCAGCUUCCUGUGUCGCUGUCGCAGUGGUUACAUCCUGGCACCGGACAAGCACUCCUGUAUACCCAGUCACAACCGUGGGUGUUCAGUAUACUACUAUAUUUUACUCCUACUGUCUACAUGAGCCUGGCUACUACAGCUACACUACCUCUGGGUUUAGCUCUCCAGUACCUUCCUGUGUGUCUUCAGCCUGAGGGUACAGUGUAUGUGUUUGAGACGGUAAACAUAGACUACUAGACUUUCUGUUUGUGUUACUUAUUCUGUAGUGUUACUUACUCUGUAACAAGCCUGUGUCUCUGAGAGUCUCUUUGUCUCUGUGUCUUUCUGUCAGUGAGCUCGUCAGGGAAGUCUGACACCCUGAUGAGUGCUGGCUCCUGCUCCCUCACCUGUCAGGACUUUGUCAACAUGAGGAACAGCCUGCUGCAGCUCAAACUGAGGCUGGGCAGCACUCAGUCACCUAACCAGGUACAUCUACAUCACAACACUAACUACUGCACAUCUUACUUACACUGUUGUUCCAUACAAACACAGAGAUACACUAACCAGAGAUACACUAACCGUAAACUAGCCUCGCCAGACUUGAUGUCUCACAAUGGAAGUCUGGCCAAAUUGAGACAGGUUGUUGUACUACAACCUGUGUGUGUACCUGUCUGUAGGUGUUGUCUCCUGGCCUGGCUAACAACAGUAAUAAGCCGUCUGCUGGGAGGGUGGGGAAAGGUCCUGACAUCCCCGCCCUCCCUGGUCCUCCUGGCUCUCCAGGAUCCCCUGGGGUCCCAGGUAAGAGUUGUCUUCUCUUUCUCGGAAUCUUUCUAACUCAGUCUUUCUCUCUCAACUAUCUCUCUGUUUACUGCCUAUGUCAGCCGUUUGUUGGCUGAUAUUCAGCAGGCUGAUACUCCAUGGUUCCUCUUACAUCCCUUUAUUCUUGGAUCCCAGGCCACUCAGGAUUGCCGGGGGAGAAGGGAGAGCCUGGAGAGAGAGGCCUGACCGGCCCCCAGGGGCCACGGGGAGACAUGGGCCCUAUGGGCCCCGAGCCUGACCUGGAGCACAUCAAGAGGGGUCGCAGAGGAGCUGUGGUAAACUUAUUAUUUCUCCCCCAAUAACAUGCUGUUGGGUCUAUUAGUCCAGGCAGACCUCAACACAUCCAUAGCUGCAGAGAUACAUCAUUACAAUAAAUGUUGCAUGAGAGGAGCUGUAGCUCCCACUAAAAACAUUUCAACCCAUAUUUCUGUUGCUCCUUUUUCCAACAGGGACCUCCUGGCGCACCAGGCAGAGAUGGACUGAAGGUCAGUAUAACAGUCUAUCCAUGUGUCUGUGUAUGUUUAGUAAAUGCUUGUGUGUGUACUGUAUGUGUUUAAACUUUCCUGUAAACGUUUCAAAGCUGGUAACUGGAACAUUAACAGCAACACUUUUCACCCCACCCUGAGAGCUCUGAGCUGCCAAUGUGAGCUCUUAUAGAAGCCUGUGUGAAUGUUGGAAGUACGGAACUGGACGUUUCUGGAUGUUUCUUUCUCUUUAGGGUGACAGAGGAACUCCUGGUACCAGAGGUCCACCAGUGAGUCUGCUUUCUGACUUACUAUAUUUGCCAGCUAGGCUUUGAACUAUUUUUAAAUGCAUUUUCAUCAUUUUCAUCAUUGUCAUCUUGUUCAUUCUAUUCUAUCUAAUAUCGGAUUACAAGCAUACAGUAAGUCCAGCCAAAAGCACGUAACAUGCCUUACAGGUUGAAAUCUCAUUUACUGAUGUGUGGAUAGAGAUAUUAAAACCUCCGUAUCUUUCCCAAGGGACCUCCCGGCUCCUUUGACUUCCUCCUACUCAUGAUGGCCGACAUUCGCAUUGACAUCAUCGAGCUGCAGGAGCAAGUGUUUGGGAAGAGGCGGGGCCUCUCCUUAGACAACCCGCCCCACUCCAGCGGAGAGACAGGGUUCAGGGAGUGGGGCUCCGGACAAGGAGAGCUCAUGCUCAAUACCUGACCUCCAUAGCCCUGCCCACGGCAACUGUCACUCAAAACGAUAAGCCAACGGAAACUAACUAAUCAACUGGCUCUUGUAGAGCAGAGACAUUGAACUGACUCAACUGACUCCUUUCCUCCAGUGAAGCCUUGUCUCUAAAACCCAAAUAGGACUGUAUGAGGUGAGGAGACCUCUGAUCAGUUCUCUCUCCUGUCAGAGAUAUAGACUAUAAACAAAC